CCUUGGUAUCCCCUGACUUACCUGUUGGACAGGUAGGGGGAAGGGGAGAGUAAUGAGUCUCACCUGCUCAGAGCAAGGGUGGGGCAAGACACACCCCAUCCCUUCUAUUGGUUUUCUUCCUUAGUCUUACUGACAGUCCCUUGUCCAAUCAGGAGGAAGUAACUUUCUAUCUGCCAAUAGGUGAAGUGUUAGGAUGAGACCUCAAGUUAGAGUCCAUCCCUAGAGCCGACUGGCAGUCCCUGGGGCCAAUGGCAAGCGGAUAAACAGAGGCGGCCGUGGAGGAGGACUGGACGCGAGGCUCCGCCCCUUGACGGGACAGUCAGGCGAGACAGCCAGUGAGCUCGCACCAGCGGGUGGGCGUCUCCCCCAGGGGCGGAGUUUCGAGGUGGCGAGGGGCGUGGCUUGGCUGUCAGGUCUCUUCGCCUUUUGUUCGGUUAUUGAGUUGCUGCCUUGGCCAGAGUCCGGAGCAGCCGCCGCCCGAGCGCGCCGAGCUCAGUUCGCUGUCCACGCCGGCUCCCACCCCGGCUCGACCUCUACCCGGCCCGGCCAGGCCCCAAACUCAGGUGCGGGCGAUCGAGGGCAGGUAUCGAUGGGGAGAGAAGGGGUGGCGAGCGACCGCGGGGCCGGUCCCAGCCGUCUCUGGGCAGUAGCCACGAUGGAGGUGAUGAAUCUGAUGGAACAGCCUAUCAAGGUGACUGAGUGGCAGCAGACAUACACCUACGACUCGGGCAUCCACUCAGGCGCCAACACCUGCGUGCCCUCCGUCAGCAGCAAGGGCAUCAUGGAGGAGGACGAGGCCUGUGGGCGCCAGUACACUCUCAAGAAGACUACCACCUACACCCAGGGGGUGCCUCUGAGCCAAGGUGACCUGGAGUACCAGAUGUCCACCACAGCCAGAGCCAAGCGGGUGCGGGAGGCCAUGUGCCCUGGCAUGUCAGGCGAGGACAGCUCGUUGCUGCUGGCCACCCAGGUGGAGGGGCAGGCCACCAACCUGCAGCGGCUGGCCGAGCCGUCCCAGCUGCUCAAGUCGGCCAUCGUGCAUCUCAUCAACUACCAGGACGACGCUGAACUGGCCACCCGCGCCCUGCCCGAGCUCACCAAGCUGCUCAAUGACGAGGACCCGGUAGUGGUGACCAAGGCGGCCAUGAUUGUGAACCAGCUGUCGAAGAAGGAAGCAUCGCGGCGGGCCCUGAUGGGUUCUCCCCAGCUGGUGGCAGCUGUCGUGCGCACCAUGCAGAACACCAGUGACCUGGACACGGCCCGCUGCACCACCAGCAUCCUGCACAACCUCUCCCACCACCGGGAGGGGCUGCUCGCCAUCUUCAAGUCGGGCGGCAUCCCUGCUCUAGUCCGCAUGCUCAGCUCCCCUGUGGAGUCGGUCCUGUUCUACGCCAUCACCACGCUGCACAACCUGCUUCUGUACCAGGAGGGUGCCAAGAUGGCGGUGCGCCUGGCCGAUGGGCUGCAGAAGAUGGUGCCCCUGCUCAACAAGAACAACCCCAAGUUCCUGGCCAUCACCACCGACUGCCUACAGCUCCUGGCCUACGGCAACCAGGAGAGCAAGCUGAUCAUCCUGGCCAAUAGUGGGCCCCAGGCCCUCGUGCAGAUCAUGCGUAACUACAGUUAUGAGAAGCUGCUCUGGACCACCAGUCGCGUGCUCAAGGUGCUGUCUGUGUGUCCCAGCAAUAAACCUGCCAUUGUCGAGGCCGGUGGGAUGCAGGCCCUGGGCAAGCACCUGACCAGCAACAGCCCCCGCCUGGUGCAGAACUGCCUGUGGACCCUGCGCAACCUCUCGGAUGUGGCCACCAAGCAGGAGGGCCUGGAGAGCGUGCUGAAGAUUCUGGUGAAUCAGCUGAGCGUGGAUGACGUCAACGUGCUCACCUGUGCCACGGGCACGCUGUCCAACCUCACGUGCAACAACAGCAAGAACAAGACGCUGGUGACACAGAACAGCGGAGUGGAGGCUCUCAUCCAUGCCAUCCUGCGCGCGGGUGACAAGGACGACAUCACAGAGCCUGCCGUCUGCGCUCUGCGCCAUCUCACUAGCCGCCACCCCGAGGCCGAAAUGGCCCAGAACUCUGUGCGUCUCAACUAUGGCAUCCCGGCCAUCGUCAAGCUGCUCAACCAGCCCAACCAGUGGCCGCUGGUCAAGGCAACCAUCGGCUUGAUCAGGAAUCUGGCCCUGUGCCCAGCCAACCAUGCCCCUCUGCAGGAGGCAGCAGUCAUCCCCCGCCUCGUCCAACUGCUGGUCAAGGCCCACCAGGAUGCUCAGCGCCACGUGGCUGCAGGCACACAGCAGCCCUACACGGACGGUGUGAGGAUGGAGGAGAUUGUGGAGGGCUGCACCGGAGCCCUGCACAUCCUCGCCCGGGACCCUAUGAACCGCAUGGAGAUCUUCCGGCUCAACACCAUCCCCCUGUUUGUGCAGCUCCUGUACUCGUCGGUGGAGAACAUCCAGCGCGUGGCUGCCGGGGUGCUGUGUGAGCUGGCCCAGGACAAGGAGGCGGCGGACGCCAUUGAUGCAGAGGGGGCCUCGGCCCCGCUCAUGGAAUUGCUGCACUCCCGAAACGAGGGCACUGCCACCUAUGCUGCUGCCGUCCUGUUCCGCAUCUCCGAGGACAAAAACCCAGACUACCGGAAGCGUGUGUCGGUGGAGCUCACCAACUCCCUCUUCAAGCAUGACCCAGCUGCCUGGGAGGCUGCCCAGAGCAUGAUUCCCAUCAAUGAACCCUAUGGAGAUGACAUGGAUGCCACCUACCGUCCCAUGUACUCCAGCGAUGUGCCCCUUGACCCCCUGGACAUGCACUUGGACGUGGACGGAGACUACCCUAUCGACACCUACAGCGACGGCCUCAGGCCCCCGUACCCCCCUGCAGACCACAUGCUGGCCUAGGCGGCUUGGCCCCAGUACGGCCCCCUGUCUGCAGGCUUUUCCUCCUCUCUAGAACCUCCUUCUGUUGGAGGCCCUCCCGUCUCCCCACUAAAACCCGAGCUCCUUUUUUGGGGGAAUCUUUGCUGCUGAGCUUCCCCAAGUGAGGCGUGCCCCCGCCUGCCUUCCUCUUUUGUCUUUGGCGGGGGUGAGGAGUCCUGUUCCCGCUGGCUCCUUCUGGGGGUGGUGGGCAGGUGACACAGAGUGGCAUGAACUUCUGGGGAGACAGAUCCACCGAGCCCCUGACCCCUGUCUGUCCCCCUCCCCCAACAGGUGCAGUUCCUCAUCUGAGAGGCUCUCCAUGCAGGUGAUUGGGGCGAGACAGAAAAGUGCCUGAGCUGGGGAAGCCGGGGCGCCACUUCCUGCUGCUCCCCACGCCUCCAGAGGUCCUCCGUAGGGUCUUUCUUGGGAUAGUGCUCUGCUCCUGCUUUUCUGUCCUGGGCAUGGGUCCAGGGCCUGACACCCCCUCCCCGCCCCCAUGGCCCCGGCCACUAAAGCUUCAGACUCAAGCACCCACUGUGUUUUCCCCCAGCCAUACUCCCCACGCCAGCCUCCCUGUCUCCAGCUGCCUGGGCCCGGAAGGGCUUUGGUUCCUCUUCUGGGUCUGAUUUUUCUCACCAAACUCCUACAACCAACUGCCCUAAGCCCCCAGGGUCUCUAGGACCCAGAUUCAAGACCCAAACCCCUGAAAUCCAAAGGUUCUCUUGAAAAGUUCAGGGACCAUCCAGAGGCGAUGGGGAGGAGAUACGGAGUGAGUCGCCCGCUCUAGAAGAUUCGGCUUCUCUCUCCAGGAUGCUUAGUUGGCUUUGCCCACCCCUCACUCUCCGGGGAGCUCCGGGGACAGUUCCCUCACACCCCGGUCCCACCCACACAGCUGCCCUAGCUGACCCCGAGAAGAAGUGCUCUUGGCUGACCCCUCUGGUGUGCGGUGAGGGGCUUUCUUUUCCCCUUCCUGUUUCAGACCCCCCCCCAUCCUGCACAUGGUAUAGGGGGCCGGGGGAGGUCCCAGCAGAGAGUUUUAUUAUUAUCGCUUUAUGUUUUUGGUUAUUGGUUUUUUUGUAUAGACCAAAGCAAAGAAAAUAAAAAUAACACAGAUGC